AUGUCGAAACGCGAGCUCUCGACUUCCGUUUUCCAGAUCAACGCUCUAUACGAGAGUGCAUGUACAGGCUUCAAGGCGGAAACGGAGCUGAUGAAAAGCCUGGAACCUAUUGGGUGGGAUGUUCAGCUCGCAGCCACCGAGAUCCUGGAGUGUAUGGAAGCAAUCUGCGAGACUAUCGCCGGUGCUGCUCAGAGUGUCGAAUGGCUGCAGCAGUUACCCCCGAUCGCUUAG